AACAAAUGUAUUGACUAUAAAGCUUAGAUUUUAAGUGAUAUUAAGUGACAGGCAAAAAGUCAGAGUUAGUUACCAAAAGAAAUAAAAUAUAAGCACGCAGUCUAAACUCUCAACCCUAUUACACUGGGCGGCAACUAGAUUAGGCAGCUUUUCUCGCCCCACUGGAUAUUGCAGUCCUUAAUAUACAGGUUUGUUCCUUAAACCUGGGCCAAUCUCCUGUGUCGGAGUCUUGUCUUCUUUUCAGUGUCUUGGUUGCUUGCAGCUGAGGUGGGGGCAGGAGAAGGGCCCAGUAUGUGUCCACUCUGUCUGUUUUAUACUCUCAGUCCAUGUGCACAAGUCCAGGCAUGUCUGGGGGCAUUGCUGAGUCUCUCCAAGCAAGGUUGAGCAACUCCUCUGGUGUGGUCUUGUGCAGGUGGAUCCAGUGACAGACAUGGCCAUGGCCCUGAGGGGACCCUACCCUUUGCUCUUCCUGACACUUGUCCUGCUGGUAACCUGCCUGGCCCAGAUCAUCAGACCACCCGACAGCUACCAAAACUUUGUGAGCGAACACGUUGAUUUCCCCAAGACCAGAUCCCCCAAUGGCCAGAGCUACUGCGACCACAUCAUGCGGCUCCUGAGCCAGAACAUGGCUGCCUGCAAACUCACCCACACCUUCAUCCACGCCUCCGCCAACCGGCUCCGGGCCAUCUGCACCAGCAGAGGGAGAUGCAACCAAUACAAUGAAUGUAACAGCAACACAGCCUACCCCCUCACCACCUGCUGGCUGGACAGCCCUCCCCGCCCACCGAGCUGUGUCUACAGGGGAAUACCCCAGAUCCGCAGGAUCCGUGUGGUCUGUAACUGGGGGCUGCCUGUGCGCUUCCUCAGAGUCCUGUAAAGCCCAGGUGCUGGCCAUGGGCUGGGAGGUGGGGGUCCCCUGCUCCCCCUUUUGCUUCUGUUGUUGGGGGCUCUCCUGCCCCAACCCUGACCUUCCUCGACAGUGCCUGCCAUGCAACUCCACAGGGACAUUCAGCGUCUCCUCUCAUCCCACGGGCUGGCAGCUUGGGGCCUUCAGGUGUGGGGGGGUUCCCACGCUGGGUGCCCGGUUCCCAUCCACAUGAUUGAAAAUCCAGGCCCCCAGCUCCCCUGACUGGCCCUGAGACCCUCAGCCUGGGCCCAGCGCCCGCCUCGCUGGGUGCCCAUUACACAAUACAGCCGCCUCCUCCCACCCUGCAUCCAUUGGGUAUCGGGGGCAUGUUGUGGGGAGAAGAUUGUCCCAGGCGGGGACCUGGAAGCUGUCACUGAGCUUUGUUUCAUCGCUGCUUCUUGCAAUAAAACACUUUCCUGAUAAUGCUGAACCAGUCGGUGUGUUUGGGGGGCUGGGGCAUUUUCAGGGUCUCAGUGGGGCCUAUUCACCCUGCUGAGCCUGAUGCUGAGCUGUGUGGUGUGAAGUGAAGGAAAAGCUCCAGAAAGAAACAAAACCUGCAGGGUGAGGGGUGCCCUGUUUAGGGUACAGACAAUGGGGCCAGGGGGCAUCACCGGGGGCCUGAGAUACACCCUGAUCCUUCCCCAAGGAGACAAACCUCAGCUUGGCCUGUCUUUGGAAGGAGGGUCCCAGCCAGCCUGGCUGGACAUUACUGCAAAGGCUGCGGGUGGGAAACUUCCUUAGCCAGAAAGGUGUCCUCUUUACUCACUCUCAGCUCUUCCAGGUGGGCUCUGCACCCAGUGGGCAUCCUGCCCUGACAUUUCCUUUUGCCUCCCCUAGCUCUUAUGCACCUUGGGUGGAAAAUUUUCCUACCUAAAGACAGACACCCUGCAGCCCCGUCCCUUCUCCGAUUUCCCCAGCCUCAGUGCAUGGGCCCCAGGGUUGUGAAAGCUUCUUCUGUGUGUGUGUGGAGGAUUUUCCCAACCGUCACGGUGACAGCCGUCUACCCCAGACCACAAGGGGCCAGAGGGGAUUGUGUCCGAUGCCUGUGACAUCCCAACCACCAACCAACACCUGGUGAGACAGCAGGACUAGGCAGCAUGGGACGGGCCCUUGGGCCUCACUCUCUGCCCGGGAUGGGCUGGGUCCAGUCAAGACUGAGGGGGUUGUGGGCAGCCCCAGUAGGGCCAGAUCUGGGCCUGUUGACGUCACUAGGCAUCACCCUAGGUAACUCGGGAGGGUGGAAAAUCACAAGUGUCAAUGAAGCCUUCCUGCACUAGGCCUAAGUGAACCAAACUCCUUCCAUGUUUAAACUCUAAUCAACCUCAAAAGCCAGGUGCAAUUGGAAUAUGUAAGCAACCAGUUAUCUGUGUGCAACCCCCUGCUCACACCGGUAUCAAGCGGUAAUAAUGAAGCCUACAUGUUUCUGGCUGAAGGGAAAAAGGACAAGAUAACGGUUUAAAGAAGUUACUAACAAGCUAGGCUUAUAGCUGCCAAGAAUGACUUAACUGCUUAAAUGUAAUUGCUAUUUGCUUAGUAACUAUUACCAGG